AUGCAUCGGUUUAUAAUUGUUGUGGCACUGCUGAUUGUUCAGUUACCGGGAGAUACGAGUGCAGUACGAACCUGCGCCGCUCAGAGCAGGAAGAUCGUGCAUCGGUUCUAUCUGUUACGGCACUGUCAGAGAUCCAAACGGAACGUGAUUGGGCUUGCGAAUGUGAAAACGGUACGGGCUUGUGCUGAUCUUGCCCGCGGUAAGCAAGCAAUGGCUUUCAAUUAUGCACCAGCGGGACGCACCGGAGUGAAUCGUUACGAAUUGAACAAAAACCAGAGCAGGCCUGCCCCGUGGGUUCCACCAAAGGCAGGUUCCGGUAGCAGUACGACCAUAGCCCCGUUUGAUGACUUCUACAAUUGCCAAGUAUUGGACUGUCCGGAGCAUCGUAACCUUUCGUCGAUCGUGAACGAUACACGGUUCGAUUACUACUCAAUGUUUGCCAGAAUGCUUCCUCCAGCAGCAGCAACUUGCAUCCCAUCGAUCGGUGUGUUUCUGUUCGAAGAGACGAGGUACAACUACUCACGCGCUUACAACUCGUGCGUGACGCAACACGGCGGAAGCUUAGCGCACGUUGCCAGUGAUAGAAGAACAUUCGAGAUGGCUCGUAUUCUCACCAACCUACCGAAAGCCAAUGAUAAUUCUUCGUUUAACGUACCGCUAUUUUACGUCGGAUUGAACGAAUCCAUCCGCGAUCGGUUCUUCACUUCCGCCGGUGAACGUUUAGAUUGUUUCACGUUUCGUGCCUGGGCUCCUGGACAUCCGGCAAAGAACCGAACUUCUCCUGGAUGCGUUACACUAUCGGAAGAGGGCUCUUGGAAGGUGUUCAACUGUAACCGCAACCUACCGCACGUAUGCGAGCUGCACACUUCUGGUCCAGCCCUACACGAACCGAAACUCCACCGUCGGUGUUCCGUCAAGCGACCAAACAAUCGAUACGCUCCCCCCAAACGUGUUCCCAUCGAAUAAAGUGCCCAUCAGUCGCCC